AUAUCCCAUUUAAUAGCAUAACACUUAAAUGAGAAUAUUUUAUUGAUGAUGACAGCAUGAUAUGCCGGGCGAUUAUAUGGCAUAUCCCCUAUUUGAAGUGGCCAGGCUCAGUGAAUGUUUCAAGGUCAUUGCCCCGGUCCCACUCCAUUGGCAGUUGGUAGUCCUUAAAUUUCUAAUUUAUUAUUUUAUUUUAUUAUUACUAUUUUAAAGCCACCUUCGGUAGCCUACAACACGUAUUAGUCGCAGAGUUUAUGCAAGGGAAAAUUUGCCAAUCACAAUGCAUGUAAGUGACCUUCAAGUGAUCAGCCCCUCCCACAAGGCAUUUAUCCGCGGUCCUCUGGCGUGGUUGAGAAGACAGCAUACCAGAUUUCAGGUCAGGGUGACUUCCUGUGUCUGCUGUCUAUGGCAGAACGACUAUGGAUACUACCUUUCAAAGUGGCAAUGUCUGUCACCUUUUUCAGUGUUCUCUUCAAUAUCCUCAGUGACUGUGAUGAAACGUAUAAUUACUGGGAACCGUUGCACUUUAUCUCAACAUGGGGCAACGGCAGUGGGUUUCAAACUUGGGAAUACUCACCUUCAUUCGCACUUAGAUCAUACUUAUAUCUCUGGCUUUCUGGCUGGCCUUCUUUCCUAUCAUUCUUAUUGGGUCUCCCAAACUGGUUCGCGUUUCUUUCAGUCAGAAUUCUAUUGGGUAUGCUGUCAACCAUAUCCACCACUCUGUUAUCUGUAACUGUAGCAAAUUAUAUUUCUGAAGGUGAUCUUAUUCGAAUGAAGGGUUUAGAUGUAACUAAAAAGCGAAUUCUUUUUUCAUUUCUUUUUUCACUUUGUUAUUGUGUGUCCCCAGGCUACUUCUUGGCGUCCACAACGCUUCUGCCAAGUGGGCCGUCGAGCUCCUUAACCGCGCUAAUGUUAGCAUUUUGGCUGAGACGCCAAUACUUUUGGGCUGUUGGGUGCGUUGCGAUUACUGGGCUUGUUGUUUGGCCCUUCGCUGCCAUCUUGGGACUUCCCUUAGCUGUGUAUAUGAUUAUUGAUAAAAAGUUAAAUUAUCUGGUUAAGUCAUCUAUUCUGUGGGCUCUUUUCCUCAUUCCUCCUCUUGUUAUUGUCGACUCAUUUUAUUUUGGUCGCUUUGUGCUAGCACCCUUGAAUAUUAUCCGGUAUAAUUUAUUCUCACAUAAUAAGCAGGGAAGUGGAAGCGCAUCACAGUUAUAUGGAGUAGAACCGUCGUCUUUUUACAUAAAGAACUAUAUCUUAAAUCAGAAUUUAAUGUGUAUUUUUGCUUUGUUAUUAUCAUUGCUCACCAUUUUUAAACUUGUCUUGUGGUUACUUCCUACUAAGAAGUCGGUUAAAACUUGUAAUGAUAAGAAUCAAACUUCGAUAUCUGAGGUCUCUUUGAUUGUAUGUAUGUCUUUGUUGCUUUGGAAUUGUAUAUUUUUUUUGCAGGCCCACAAAGAGGAAAGGUUUUUGUUUCCUUGUUAUCAUCUUAUUGCAAUUGCCUCAACAAUUUUUAUAUUAGAAGUUCUUCCAGUUUUUCAAUGCAAACGCAUAAACAUUAGUUUCCCUAUAAUCAUUUUAUGUUCACUCAUCUUACUAAUAAGUGUUUCGCGCAUUUCCACACUUAUACGCUGGUAUAGUUCUCCAAUGCAUUUGGUUAAACAUCUUCCCGUCGUACCGUUACAGUCUCACAAACCUAUGUUAUGUAUGGGGCGUGACUGGCAUCUAUUUCCUAGCAGAUAUUUUCUCCCAGGAGGGGCUGAACGAUGGGAUGUGGGGUUCGUGCAGUGCAAUUUCUCGGGUCAGCUACCCGGGCAAUUUGUUCAACCUGCUCCAAGUAGCGUAGUAUGGAGUUCUACUCGGACUGACGGGAAUCAUUUCAAUUCUGAGAACCUCGAGGAACCAGACAGAUUCAUUAGUAAUGAGACUUUCAAAUGUAGUUUCAUGUUUGAUCGAGAUUCACCUAUUGCUGAACGUGAGAGACUGUAUAUAUCAGACGUAAAAACUUGGUAUUCUUAUGUCAACCAAAGUAUUAAUGAGCCCACACGAUGCGUUUUGGACCUUAACUUUCUCAAUAUAAGCUCAGUCUUGGACUGUAGAUUUUUGAGAACAUUUUAUAUUCCGAUUCUUUCUGAAAAAACAAAACCUGAUGUUGCCCUGCAUAUACUUGCUCGUUUUGGCAACGGUUUUGUAUAACUCAUAUGUGUUUGACUAGUCCACACUUGCUUUGUAAAAUUUUUCUGUGUGUUUAUAUGUACAAGGAGUUGUACACAAUGUGUUUCUGUUUUAUGGUUCGAUUAUUUGUCACGUAAAUUGGAUAUCAGCUGAAAUCUUAUAUGUACUCAUUUUUUUAAUACAAGUGUGUGACUGAAGCUAAAGUCAGCUUGCAUAAAACUGCAACUCAAUGAUUGUACUAAAAUAUUCGAAUAUGCAGUUAAUUUAAUACUAAACCACUUUUGAAAAUAGAUAUUUUGGGAGUAUUACUCAAGUAACUCACGUAUAUUCUCCUACGAGUACUUCGAUUCUUUAUAAUGAACAAUAAGUUGACCAAAGAAAGGACGUCAAGAAAACUCUGACAAAGAAACUAAGGAUUACAUUCGACAGAAUAUCGUAAGCAAUACAAGUUUGAAAGGAUAUGUAGACCUAUACUCAUUCAGAACGGGAAAACUCUAUUCACUCAAUGUUUUUAAUUAGCAUAUAAAGUUGAUGAAUUUAGAUU